UGUUCUGACUUAGGACAUGCAGCACCUACAUUGAUUUUUUCUCACAAAAUCAUCAUCUCUGCGUCGACUUAAAGCUUAUGAAUUUAUUUUAUUCCAUCUGUGCGUGAAAAGCGGGAGCGCGUCUGUUUGAGCGAGAUGUCUUUGGUUUGUGCUAUUUCAAACGAGGUUCCGGAGCACCCCUGUGUCUCCCCUGUUUCCAAUCAAGUGUUUGAGAGACGUCUGAUCGAGAAAUACAUCGCGGAGAAUGGAGCUGACCCCAUCAACGGACAGCCGCUGUCUGAGGAGCAGCUUAUUGAUAUCAAAGUGUCUCAUCCCAUUCGACCGAAGGCUCCCUCUGCCACUAGUAUCCCUGCGAUCCUCAAGUCUCUGCAGGAUGAGUGGGAUGCCGUGAUGCUGCACAGUUUUACUCUGAGGCAGCAGCUGCAGACCACCCGACAGGAGCUGUCUCACGCUCUCUACCAGCACGAUGCGGCCUGCAGAGUCAUUGCUCGUCUCACGAAAGAGGUCACUGCCGCCAGAGAGGCUUUGGCUACACUCAAACCCCAGGCUGGAUUGAUCGCUCCACAAGCCGCUCCUGCUUCUCAGCCUGCAGCUGUGGGUGCUGGUGAGGCCAUGGAGAUCAGUGAGCAGGUGGGAAUGACUCCAGAGAUCAUACAGAAGCUCCAAGACAAGGCCACUGUCUUAACCACCGAGAGAAAGAAGAGAGGAAAGACCGUGCCGGAGGAGCUGGUCCGAGCAGAAGAUCUCGGCAAGUAUCGCCAAGUGGCAUCGCAUGCUGGUCUUCACAGUGCCAGUAUACCAGGCAUCCUCUCUCUGGAUCUCUGCCCAACAGACACCAACAAAGUCCUCACAGGUGGUGCGGAUAAGAACGUGGUGGUGUUUGACCGUCGGGAGGAGCAGAUUGUUGCCACCCUCAAAGGGCACACCAAAAAGGUCUCGUCUGUCAUCUACCAUCCUGCUCAGUCUGUGGUGUUCUCAGCAUCUCCAGACAGCACUAUCCGCGUGUGGUCGGUCAGCGGGGGUAACUGCGUUCAGGUGAUCAGAGCCCACGAGGCCAGUGUUACUGGCCUUUCUCUCCACGCUACUGGAGACUACUUGCUGAGCUCAUCUGAGGACCAGUACUGGGCCUUCUCGGAUAUCCAGACCGGACGUGUCCUAACUAAAGUUACUGAUGAGACUGCUGGCUGUGCUCUGACCUGCGCUCAGUUCCAUCCUGACGGUCUGAUUUUUGGCACGGGCACGGCAGAUUCUCAGAUCAAGAUCUGGGACCUGAAGGAACGAACCAAUGUAGCCAACUUCCCUGGACAUUCAGGUCCUGUGACGUCCAUUGCCUUCUCUGAGAAUGGAUACUAUCUGGCCACUGGUGCUCAGGACAGUUCACUCAAACUGUGGGAUUUGAGGAAGCUGAAGAAUUUCAAGACAAUCACUUUGGACAACAAUUAUGAGGUGAAGUCUUUGGUCUUUGACCAGAGUGGAACAUAUCUGGCUGUGGGUGGUUCAGACAUAAGGGUUUAUAUCUGCAAACAGUGGUCUGAGGUCCUCAACUUCUCUGAUCAUUCUGGUCUGGUGACUGGUGUGGUAGGUGAACAUGCUCAGUUCCUGGCUUCCACUGGCAUGGACAGAAGUCUCAAAUUCUACAGCCUUUAA